AUGAAGCAGAGAAGGAAGAUGCUGAUGGAAGGAUCAAUGCAUGAGAAGUUUGCUUCUGGAUGCACGAAUGGAGAUGAAACAAGAAAAGCAUAUAAGCAUAAGGUUCUGAAGUCAUCUGAUGAGUCAAACAUUCACAUCGCUGUAGGGGAUGGAAAUGAGGGACAGGAUUGUUGUUUGCUUCAUGAUGAUAGCAUCAGAAGUGAAGAAACUAUGAAAUCCAAUGAGCAGUACUCUGAAAAGGGAAACAAUGAUUUUGGUGAAGGUGAUGUUGAUAACAAUGACAAGACUGAUAAGAGAUUUCAAGAGCUGAAUGUGCUAGCAUUGUCGAUAGAGGAGCGUAUUCUUAAGGCAUAA